GUAAGAAGAUACCCUGAGAGUUGGGAAGAACUGGAUUUUCACCCUAGUCCAGCAGCUUUGCUGCUCACUUAAACACAGAUGAAUGAAGACCCCAUUUGGAAAAUCACCAGGUCAACGGUCCAGAGCUGAUGCAGGUUGGGCAAUACUAGGUGAGUAGAAGCACGCCAAAGAGUUUUGUCCCUGAAAGUCAUACAGGAGUGUCUGCCAGCAUGAUGAAGAAAAGAACUUCCCACAAAAAGCAUAGAAACAAUGUGGGACCAAGCAAACCUAUUUCUCAGCCACGAAGAAAUAUUGUAGGCUGCAGAAUACAGCAUGGAUGGAAAGAAGGUAGUGGACCUGUAACACAAUGGAAGGGCACAGUUCUUGAUCAAGUUCCUGUAAAUCCCUCUCUCUAUCUUAUAAAGUAUGAUGGAUUUGACUGUGUGUAUGGACUAGAACUGCACAAAGAUGAAAGAGUUUCAGCACUUGAAGUUCUUCCAGACAGAGUUGCUUCAUCUCGAAUUAGUGAUGCCCACCUGGCAGACACAAUGAUUGGUAAAGCUGUGGAACAUAUGUUUGAGACAGAGGAUGGCUCAAAAGAUGAAUGGAGGGGGAUGGUUUUGGCUCGAGCUCCUAUUAUGAACACGUGGUUUUAUAUUACCUACGAGAAAGAUCCCGUCUUGUACAUGUACCAACUCUUAGAUGAUUAUAAAGAAGGCGACCUUCGCAUUAUGCCUGAUUCAAAUGACUCACCUCCUGCAGAACGGGAACCAGGUGAAGUUGUGGACAGCCUGGUAGGCAAACAAGUGGAAUAUGCCAAAGAAGAUGGCUCAAAAAGGACUGGCAUGGUCAUUCAUCAAGUUGAAGCCAAACCAUCUGUCUAUUUCAUCAAGUUUGAUGAUGAUUUCCAUAUUUAUGUCUACGAUUUGGUGAAGACAUCCUAGACAUCAUUGUGAACUUUUGCCAAAUUUGUGGAACUGUUAAAUGUAAAAUUUGUAGACACAAAGACUUGACUGCUUUCCAGUUUAAUGAAAGCUUAAAUGUCCCUGCGAACCCACAAUCUCUGCCAGCAAAACUGUUUUGUUCUGAAUAAUAUAAACAAAUGUGACAUUUUGUGUAAGAGAGCUCCUUUUGGUGAAGGAAGUUGAUAUAUUUGGGCAGGAGGGAGUUAAAAGCAAAGAACAGCUGCAAAUUCAAGCUGUGUAAAGUUGAUCUAGUAUUGUAACCAUUAAUCUAAAUUUUUUCAUAGAUUUUAACUUUUUCUUCAACUUUGCACUCACUUGUUCAACUGCCACAUGCAGGUGUAGUUUGAUAUUUUGAUAUGCCUUCUUUUGUAACAUUAAAUUUAAUUUUUUGGCUACUAGCAGUCCUUGUUUUCAGGGUUGGGACAGAGGUGACUUUUUUGAAAGGUUUCAACAGUUCAGCAUUGAGGAGUGCCUAACCCAAGUAACAUCAGUCUGCUGUGUUUCUACACUUUGUUUCGAAUUUAGCUUUUUAAGAACUUGCAGUACAUAGGAAUACUUGUGCAUUUUUACUAGUCACAGGGCAGUAGGAUACCAAGUGUUGGUCUUAAUGCAUCUUUCAGUGAAAAGGCUUUAAACUAUAAAAAUGCAUUUAAUCUGUAUAACCAAUUAAUUAGAAAAUGCAGGUUAAUGGCCCAUACUGACAAGUUGUAGGAACCAGUAAAAUACAUGCCACAAGGCUGCCUUCAAUCCUAAAUGUUGUACUUCUUUCUUUCGUUAUACACACUUCUUAGCAAAACCCAAGUGCUUGGUGCCACAACUUUAACAGUAUAUAUGCUACUUCAGAAGACUUUAGACUACACAUUGGCAAUCAGUAGUCUCUUACUUAAUAUCAGAACCUAGCAACCUGAAUGUUUAUGUGUGGACUCAGAAGCCUAACAGUAGUUAAAUAAAUAAAUACAAUCUCAUGCCAAGGGAGUGGGGAGGGGGUGUCCUUUCACAUUCAAGAUUUACUUUAGGGAAGGAGAAGCAUUUGUUGCCUUCUGCUCAGUCUGUUGCAUUUCUUUGUUUUGUUCUUAACCAUUUUGGUUCAGGAAGGCAUCUUCCCAAUUAAUUCUUUUUCUGGCUUUUCCACAUAAGGAGUGUCUGGACAAAUCUACAGCUUAAACCUGUUGCCUUUUGUGGUAUACAUUGUACUUGCUUUGAGGUAUGCUGUUAACAUGAAUUUCAUUCUAUGAACACUAGAGUUCUGCAUGCCAGUGGUGUACUAUCUGAUGGAAGCUGUAGGUAGUCUCAGUGGUUCAGUCAUCUGCAUUAGAUUGUGGAUGUAAAUAGCAGCCCACAACAGCAAAAUCCUGUCAUAGUUUUAAUCUUGCAAGUUAGUUGUAAAGGUUUUCAAGUAGAGAAUUUUAAGUAUGGCAGUCUUUAAAAGCAUGAGAACUGCAACAAGGAUCGGCACAGCAACAAAAUCGUCAUGGUACAUUAAGGCAGAGCUCUGCAAUUUUCAAAGAACUGCUUCACAGAAAUACAGUAUGUGAAGACAGUCAACACUGUUGAUGGAAGGAACAAAUACUCUGAUAAUCCAACCAUAUGCCAUUAGUGGAAGGAUGCAGGAGAGAUGCUGUUAAUCGGAGAUCAGAGGUCCGAGUGACCUCUGUUGUGGGUAUUCUUGAUAUUGAAGACUCAGUGGUUUAAGCCCCUUUGUCAACUUUUUUGCCUGAUUUCAUAUUUUAGCCUUAAGGCUUGUGCCUCAUUAUGCUGUUGAAUGGUAAUAAAUACUCUCCAUAUAAAUAUGAUACCUUAAUUCUUUGUCCAUUGCUAUUAUAUUGCAUAUGUCCAGUAUUUCAUCAUGGGCAACCAAAGGCAGGCUGUUGUCUUUCAGUGAAUAGCUUCUCAAUGCAGUCCUUAAGCACUAGGUACCCAAGUCGUAAACGUUCCUUGCGUUUUGAACAAAGCAGAUUUGCAACACAGUGUUUUCAUCCUGCAGAUCUGUUAUGUGUUUUCUAUUGACUCUUAAGAGUCCUGCAUGUAAAUCUCAAAGCUGAGCCUGGCUCCAUGAGCCCAAGUUGAUAUCUGUGGCACAAGAAUGAGUGAGUGUAUUGAUUAUACACAAGAUACAUGAAUAACCUAGUACACUGAACUUUAUGCUAUACAUCUGAGGAUUACAAGGUUUGUUUUGAAAUAUCUGAGGUUUAGGUCUACUGGAACAUUUUUAGCAUUAGGCUUGCAUUUGUGGGUUUUCUGCAAGCCUCUUGGAUACACCAUGUAUUCUGCCAAUUAGAGUAUAAUCUAUAAACUGUAAAUUUAAUGGUUGUUUUUUGAUGUCCCCAUUGUCUGUUCAGUGGGUAUUUCUUUUCAUCUUUUAUUUUGCCUCUUUUUUUUUUUUUUUAAUAGCUUAGACCACCAUUUUUGAGGCUUGAGACUAAUUCCACUCCCUGCCCAUCUGCUUUGGGCUUUGUUUUAGGCUCAUGUUUCAGAUCUGCAUGCAGUGCUUGCGUUACCCUGGUAACUAAAUGUUGGUUCCUUGUUAUAGGGGUUCAACAUUACUUUCCAAAACCACAUAGGGCUUGUGAUGGCACAAGCCAUGGAUCUUUGUAUAAAAGUUAUUCGCCUUUCACAUUUACCUGCUGUAGUAUUGUUGUAUAUUGUGUGUGUGCGUGUGUGUGAUGUCAGGCUGCCAUGUAAAACUUUCUAAAGGGAAAAAAAAAUUAAAUGCAGACCAUCCUUUUUUGCAUGCUUAGAGGGUUAGAACAUUCAAUGUAACAAACUAAAGUUGCAUGUUAAAAUGUUUAGGUUUUUGUUUUGUUCCGUUUUUAUUUUGUGUUCAGUUUUUUGUGAAUUUGCUUAUUGUGCUGUUUUAAUGGUUGUUAGUAGGAUUAAAUGCACCGGUGAGACGAGCAUAGUGCCAACAGAAGGUAAUUUUCCAGUUGUAUGUGUCAUACAGCAUUUGAAGGGACCAAGUAUUCUGUUACAGAAAAAAUAAAAUUGCAGUUGAUUAACAAAA